AUGAGUGAGUGGCUGACUUCCAGUGUCCCGCCGAAGCUAGCCUAUCAUUACCUCAACGAGAUUGACGAGGAGUGUGACAAUUUGCAAACAUCUCAAGACAUUCUCAUUGCCCGUGGUCCUUUUGGGGUGUUUCGACUGGCCCAUAGCUCACCUGAGUAUUCAAUUGAAGAAGAGGCCAAGGGGCCGGGCUUGGUUGCGCAACAAGACCUAUCAGAAGAGCUGGCAUUGCCAUUCUAUGAUGAGAUUUUGGCAACGCAGACCGAUGGUCAGCUAUCACCAAGAACGCAGACGCUAAUAAACACUAUACUCGAUCAAUCCGACUUCGCAGGCUCUCCUGAAUUUUGGAGCUUCCCCCAUGACUCAUCUCGAAUCACAGAGAUCUUCGACACCGACAAGAUAGAUGGGUUACCCGACUUCUCGGUUCCCCUGAAAUCGCCAUAUCCGUAUCCGCUACCAAGUUUCCCGGGCUUACCUUGUUAUCCACAACACAAAUCUGUCGUAUUGCCCGAUCCAAACACUUCGAUCAUCGCUAUAUCUAGUGCUGUUCCGGCUAAUGCAGUCUUUCUGCUCAAUCACUACUCGACAACUGUGAUCAAUCUGUUAACUCCAUUUCGCCACACAAAAACCCCGUGGCAUAUUCUUUUCAUUCCCCAUGUCAAGAACUGUCUGGCUGCCAUUGCUAUGGGUGAACAGCUAGACCAUGCCAGUCUCUGUAUAUUUUACGGGACGUUGGCACUUAGUGCUCUUAGCAUGAGUGGCCUGUCGUACUCUGAGAGCUGGGUUGAAGAAGGCAAAGCCUACAAGGAACAGGCUCGACAACACGUCCGACUAAUGCUGAACACCGCAUAUAACAUUCCAAAAGUCGCCAAGUAUAAGUGUAUCCUCAUGGCACUAACCACAAUGGUUCAAGUCUCUUUGUUCUCGAAGAACAAAGACCAAACUGAGUGCUAUUUUCUAGAGGCGGAGAAAUUUAUCCGCUUACGUGGACUACAUCGUCGAAAGUCUCGCAAGGUUCGCCUUCUUCAUCACUGCUAUGUUUUCGAGCGACUAUUCUAUGAGAGCACGUCUGCCGCAAAGACAAGCUCGAAACAGCGUAUUCAUGUAAUCAAGGCUGUUGAGUCAAGCGGAGUUGUAGCUUACGGCCAGGACAGCACAUCCUUCCGAUUGCCAAAUUUCCAAGACCUUGACAAAGAAAUGCAAAGGAUCAAAAACCAGGAAGAAGGAGAAAACGACUUGCACCUUGAGCGGAUCGGAGACUUUCCUACAACCUUAUACCCAGAGGUCUUCGGUGUUCCAGAAGUCUACAUGCUUUUGUUGUCUCUUGUCAUCCGUCUAGCGAAAGAGAAGGAUGGUACUGAAGAGUUUGGGAAAGGAACCACAACUCCCUUGAAAGAAUUCAUGGCGCAGGCGAAGUCCGUCGAGCAAUCCAUCUUACAGAUGCACCCGGCACGGUACACAGCUAGCGUUGCGUCUAAUCUGAAAAAUUACGACAAUCUGGAUGUAAUCCAAAACAUGCUCACGGCAAUUCAUAACGCCUUGGCCAUAUACUUUUACCGAAGAGUGUAUGAUCUCGAUUCUUCUCUACUCCAGAAGAGAGUGGUAGCUAUUCGGGAUUGUCUCCAACGCUGUGAAGAUGCAGACCCGCUUGCAUUGUGCGGAUCCGCUGGUUUUAUCUGGCCUGCUUAUAUUGCAGCCUGCGAAGCUGAAGAUGUGGAAGUUCAGGCGUCGUUCUCCAGCAUAUUUACCAAGAUUGCUCAGAGAAGUGGCUUUUCGACAUUCACCGACACUCUUGCACAUAUCCAAAAAGAAUGGUUGGAUAAGCGUGAGCACAAUAACGUCGAUAUUACUGAGCUCUAUGGUAUCUGA